AUGGAGUAUAUGCCAAUCUCCUCAGAGAGCUUAAUUAAUGCCGAGGAUCCAGAGAUAUUCAGACAGUAUCACCGACUAGACAUCGAGUCUUUCAAUAAAGUUUUAAAAAUGGUUGGUCCAAUCAUUCAGAACCAAGAAACCAUUAUGCGUGCAAGUAUCAGCCCUGGCGAAAGGCUUUCGAUAACGUUACGAUUUCUUGCAACAGGUGAAUAAAUUUCUAGCGAAGAUUGUUUACAUUCCGAGUUCCGACGUUUGUGUUAUCAACGAAGCCGAAGACCGAGGUUGUACUAUAGGUAGUUUCCCUUGCUUUCUUUAUAUUUUGUGUAAAAUUCGCUUCACACAGGCGCCCAUGCCGUCACAACGUUGAUAUGAUUUUUCAUAUUGUUUUUUGACAUUUCCAGUGACGUUGCCGGGGGAGGGGGGAUGCCCUCCCUGGCAAAAUAUUGGGGCCCCUUGGAAAAAUUCUGACCAGUACAAGCAUGUGCAUUAUAUUGUCAUUUCUUGUAAUGGAAAUUUUAUAUCUUCCUAUGUUUUAUAGUUAUGUAAAUGUUCUAGAUCCGUUUGUGAUUAAGCAGAGUUACGGUAAAUAAUUAUUUAAAAUCACCAAAACACCCUCAAAAUGCUGAAAAUGGCACUUUACAAACUCGAAAUUAGGAAAUUUCCCGGGGGAUCAUACCAGACCCCUCUAAAAGUUCAUUGUACUAUAUUAUGCAUGGAUAUCACAUAAAAAAACUUUAUUUGAACUAGCAUAUGGUAAAAUUGCUUGGCCCCUGCAAGGAUCCCCUCCCCUUUUGACUAGCAAUCAUGUUUAUGCCACUGCACAGUUCAAAUAUGGUACAUUGCACAAACACCAUCAACAGGCAACUAUGCAAGUGGUGCCAGUGAACAGUACUGGACCUAGUGUGACUUCUGUUUUCUCUAGUUGAGACUUUUAGAAGUCUGUCCUUUCAGUUCAGGGUUGGCGAACGGACAAUAUCAAAUAUUGUGCAUGAAACCUGCCGCGCGUUAUACAUGGUAAUGAAAGACAAGAAUCUGAAGGUAAUUUUAAUAAUGUUCGUUGUAAUUAUAAACAUGUUGUAAAAGGAACCAAUGUUGCAUUACAUGAACAUAUAAUUUGAAUAUCAAAUGUUUAUCACACAUUUGUACAACUAAACAUUUUCAAACUCAACUUUAAACAAUUUGAAUGGUCAAAUAUUUAUUGGUGUACUUGUGAAGGAAACUGCUGUUGUGCGAAGAAUGGUUGCUGCUGUUGGGGAACCAUUUGACUUUUAUUCAGAAUCCCGAUUAUGCUUGAAAUAGAAUGUUAUUUACGUGAUACUGUGCAAUGUGCCUGGUCUCAGGGUCCAGUUUUCGCAGUGACUCUGUCAAAUAGCUUCCAAACGUAUCACAUUCUUCAUCUUGAGCCGACUUGGUCUUUUUAGGAUUAUUGGAUGUGGUACCAUGUCAGACUCGUCCCCAGUCGUUAUUUGAAUUUCAAUUUUAUAUAUAGGGACGAAUAGGUAUAUAUCCAUAUAUAUGUAUAGAUCAGUACCAAAUGUGGACGCGCGCAAGGGGAAAAGGGAAGGCGAGGGAAAAAAUAACGACUGGCAGAUUACAGAGACAAAAUGGCGGACAAUUUGACAACAAAAGAGGAAACGGCUAUUUUAAUAUUAUAUACACCACAGAGCGUUUUUAGCUGAUAAACUCCCUUGUCCGCAUGAGGAAUGUCAGUAUAAUUUAUCUUGUUAAUUACUAUGAUCAAGAUGGUUUAGACCACCAUUACAGGACAAUCCAUAAAUGUCCUGCAACCUGAUUAGUGAUAUUAAAAUUUAAAAGGCGAAAAGUCUUAUUGUGCCAAAUAACUGAGAGAAGCACUCAAAGGAAACACUGUCAUGUUUGGAAAAGCUAUCGAUUAACAACCAAUCGAAGGUAUUCGUAAAUCUAGAGUGUUGAAUGCCUUUAAUUGGAGCCAGCGAGCAAUAUAAAAACAGGUUGGUAUUUUAUUCAAUUUUAUUUAUGCGUUUAUAUCUUUAUAUUUCACGUUGAAAUGCACUCUUAGGCCCGGUUUAGACGCCGUGCUUAUCAUGAGCCGAACUUAAUGUUAAUUAACUAAGUUCUUUGUUUAAGCUCAUUUGCAUUAAGUUCGGCUCAUGAAAAGCACGGCGUCUAAACCGGGCCUUAAACUCUUUGUAUUAUAAAGAAGACAGCUUUAUGCUGGGGGUUUUUUUGCAACCUGUGUAUUUCAAAACUACAAAUUUUUGUUAUUUAUAAAUUACUUUAUAAAGUGCUAUUAACUCCAGGUUUUGUGUAGUAUGAUUAUGUGCCAACUUAAAACUUUGCAUACAAAGCUAUUAAAUCAAUGACAACACUUUUGGAGCAUUCAAAUAUUUCCCAAAAUACCUGUAAAUAACAAAAUAUACCCCCCCCCCCUAACUAAAUGUUGCUGUAUGAUGAAAAGACGUUACAUUGGUCAUUAACAACACAUUGUUGGGGGGCACAGGGUUGUAGGGAUAAUAUAGAAGCUCAGGUGGCACAUAACUCCUAUCAUAGCCUUAAUUAAACAAUUUGAAAAACCAGAAAUACUGUAUCAAUGCACUGGGGCCAAUCUGGCAAUUACUUCUAACUAUGUUCUGACAAUCCUUGCACUCAUAGUCCUUGAAAUGAUAAGGUAAUUUCUACCUUGUAUCAUAGCCAACGUUUAGGGCCACUUUCGGUGCCUUAGCAAGCUCGAUAAUUGGGGGAGGCUCAUAUUCAUAUAUUAUAUUCGUGUUCUGCGUUAUUAAUUUCUUUUGAAAUGGAUUGUUUUUAUGGACUGUGAAUAUGAAUAUAUGAAUAUGAGGGCCCCCCCCCCCCAAUUAUCGAACUUGCUACGGCACUGACUUUUGGUUGUUAUACCAUUAAGUCUGAUAAUUGCACCACCAAUGGUUCUGGUAUCUCUUGUUUUUCCCAUCAUCAUUUCUGUACUCAACUUUACAACAUAUAAUAUAUUCUUGUUUAUUCCAGAAUUAUCUUACAAUUGGGACACCAUUUAUCACACAAUUGGGAAUUUGUCCUGACUCACCCUGGUUUCCCAAUUAAGCCCUAGAGUGACAGCACUCUCCCUUGAUGAGUAAAUUGUCUGGUGUUAGACAGAGUAAAAUAAUAAUGUAGGGCAUAUCAGGGUGCAUUGCCACUUAAAGGGUUAAUCUUGAUCUGGGUGGCAAAAUACUGCAGUACCAAGCAAGAUGUAUGGAAAUUGAAGACACAAAAGCUGGAUUAAUUUUGAACCAUUUUAAUUGGACUUCUUCAAUGGAAUUAUUAACAGUGAAUAGUUUUAAAUUAAUUUAAAACUAAAAUGUAUUAUAAUUACAGUUAAUGUACAUGAUGUAGUGGAGCAUGUCUAUUAUAUUAACUUAAUAAAGCUUUAUACUUUCAUAUGUUAUCUGCAUGGUGGGGGGUGGGUGGUUGUGCAGAAAAAUUCAGGGGGGGGGAAAGGUGAGUGAGGGGCAUGUAGCCACAGAAUAAGGCACACAGAAGGUCGACUCGAGUAACCACUGCCACACCAUGAUUCAUCAUCAAAAUGCUGACGCCAUGGUCCUAGCCAGUGCGCAUUUAAGAGGCAUUCCCCCCUGGACGUUCGCCAUUUUGAAUAAUAUCAGGGGGUGAAUGCCUCUCAAACGCGCACUGGCUAGGACCAUGGCGUUAGCAUUUGAUGACGAAUUACAGGUUACGCCUAAAUCAUAGGAAAACCCGAGAAGUCGGCCUUCUGUGUACCUUAUUCUGUGACGUAGCAUCCUGAGGAAGAUUAACCAAAGCACAAUAUACCAGACAAAUAUAAAAAUAUUAUGUCAUUUGUAAUACAAUGUUAUGAAUUGGAUUGAUCAUGUAUUACAUAUGCACAUCAGCCUUUACACAUGUAAAAAGAAUAUAUAUAUGUUAUUUACCGGAUUGGAGGUCCGUAUAGAGAAAUAUUUCUCGAGGUCUUAAAAACGGCCCGAGGCCGAAGGCCGAGAGACGUUUUUAAGACCGAGAGAAAUAUUUCUCUAUACGGACCGACCAUACCGGUAAAUAAUAUUUUUAUUUUUUUUUAAUUCCUCCUCUGGAUUUCCCCAAUCACUCCUCCCGCACGCGAAUGAAGCUGCCAAAUAAAACGUCGUUUCUAUCAAUGCUAUCGGGAAGAGUAAUAUCUUUUGUGAGAUAGUAAAAUUCGCUUUCACUAUGUUCUUCAUCGUCUGCAGAUAUUUUAAAAAGUAGCCUUUAAACUCGUCUUUAAAUUUUUAAAAAUAGAAACAUUGGCUCUACGGCAUUAAAUCUCGCGCGGUCCGUACGGGCUCAUACGGACCGCUCACGUAGCCAAUCAGAUUGCAGAAAAGCGUAAAAUAUGACUUCGGACCGCAAGAAAAAAAAUAAAUUUGUUUAUGUUCGCACAACACCCUUUUCUUUUCACAGUUAGGAAAUAUGGCUGCCAAAGCUCUUGAAAGGUGGCUUUUUACACUAAGAUCAUCAGUAACAACAUCCUCUUGUUUAAGUCUCAACCCAUCUGUUUUGAUGCAUAUAUUCUUUAAAGAGCCCUGAAGAUCUCCAGAAACAAAUGUGCUAACAUCACCUGCACAUUCAAACAAGUGACUUAUUAAAAAUACAAGUUCCAACCUUGAACAACUUUCCUGCAUUUAGUUCUUGUCGUAAUCCCGGACUCUUAGAAUCUGGUGUUAGGUCGUGUUUGACGUCAAAUGGCAGUAACUUUCUCGCUUUAGGAGUUCUAGGAGUGCUGGUCUUGGGACAUUCAUCUAAAUUUAUGGAAUUGAAGUCUAUAGUUCAGAACGACAAAAAUUACAACUUGAAACAAGGCAACAUGGCGCUAAUCAGCCGAGCGUAUAAUGAAUUCCAGUUUCUUAAUUCUUUAGUAUACGCAAAUUUAUGCUACGGCUCAAAGGGUCAACAAAUUCAAGACAUUCAAGUGGUAGAAUGUAUUAUAUUAUCUUUUAGACUCACCAUCUAAGUUCAGCAGAGUCCACCAUUUUGAAGUACUCCAGACUUGACCAAUUGAAGGCCGAUAUACUUGAUAAAAAUACGCACUUUGCAGAGACUACAUCAUAAAAUGAUCGAUUUAUGUAUACCAAUGUCAAAAAAUCCAGAAUUGAAGCAUAAAAUAUUAGUUUGCAAGAAAAACAAUUUCUUGCAAGAAAAAUCACAGUAAUCUGCCAGUCGCUAAAUUUUCUUCUUUCGCCCUUGCCGUGAGCCUCUACGCGCCCACUUCUGGCCGCGCGCCCGCUCUUAAAGCGACUGGGGACGAGUCUGGUACCAUGUGACAGACUGCUAGCUAUUCCUUUCAUUAUUUGAAGUUCUUCUUCCUGAAGUUUUUUCUUUGCAGAUUUAGCCCUUGGUUUACUUGAUAAUUUUGUUGAUUUAGGUCAUUCUUUUUGAGAUAGGAAAUCAUCAUCUUCUUCUUCUUCAAUCUCAUUAAAAGGAUCUAUCUCACCAUGAAAAGAUCUGACACUUUCUGUUGGAAGUGGUGUCUGUAAAAGAUAUAAUUCAACAAAUUAUAAUAUAACUAAUUACUAUAGUAUUUAAUUUUCACUAUUUUAAUAAUUUUACACUCCUGCUGUUCAAGAAGAUUGGUUAAAAAUAGCCGAUGAAUUUAAAACUAAAUGGAAUUAUCCAUGUUGCUUAGGUGCACUAGACGGGAAGCACAUAGCGAUCCAACAACCACAAGAUAGUGGGUCAGAAUUCGUCAAUUAUAAACACAUUUUUAGUGUGUUACUUCUGGCCUUGGUUGAUGCAAACUACAAAUUUGUGUAUGUGGAUGUAGGAGCUUCAGGUCGAGCUGGUGAUACUGGUGUGUUCGGAGAAUCAUCACUGAAGAAAGUAUUAGGAGAUGGAACUCUGAAUUUGCCACCUCCUAUAACAGUAGAAGGUAUUCCAAGCAAAAUUUGCUAUCAUAUUGUUGGAGACGAUGCAUUCCAAUUAACCGAAAACAUUAUGAAACCUUAGGAACUUGGACAAAUCCAAGAGGAUUUUCAACUAUCGUUUAUCCAGAGCAAGGCGUGUUGUUUGAAAACGCCUUUGGGAUUUUGGCUAACAGGUUCAGGGUAUUUUUGACAACUAUUAAAGCUUAGUCCUGACAAAGUUGUUGACCUUGUUCUGGCUGCCUGUUGUCUGCAUAAUUUCAUGAUUGACAACAAUAUGCACGCCUGUACAAGUGCUCUUGAUGUUGAGGACAUUGAUCAACUUCAGUUUACAUCGGGUGCUUGGCGAAAUGAUCCACAAUUGAGUGGACUAGCUCCAACCUCUGGCAGGAAUCCGCCACAAGGUGCAAAGAAGCAACGACAAAUUACUUUGCAUCAGAAUAUGGUGCUGUACCAUGGCAAGAAUACAUGACUAGUCUUUAGAAAACAUAACAGACAUGAUAGAUACACACUAUUCAACACUGAAGUUGACAAUAAAUAAGUUAAAUGUAUAUUAUAUUAUAUGUAUAUUGUAUAUAUAAAUUUCUAUUGCUGCAUAUCCACCAUCUAUAUAUUUACAAAGUGACUAUAUAUGACCGGCAGCCUGUCACGGUUUAUCAAAUACUACAGAG